AUGUCUCCUACAAACACCAUCCGAGCCUCGGUCGUCCAAGCCUGUACCGUCCGCUACGACCUCGACGCGACCUUGGAAAAGAUGGAGCGGCUCGUCAAGGUCGCGAAAGAUCGGGAUGGAAGUGGGAUGGUCGUGUUCCCUGAAGCAUUCAUCGGCGGUUACCCAAAGGGCCAGACCUUCGGCUGUGUCAUCGGCGAACGGCACUCCUCUGGCCGUCAAGAUUACCUAGACUACCAUAAUGCCGCCAUCACUAUCCCUGGUCCAGCUAUUACCCGGAUCGAGAAGAUCGCCCGCGAAUCGGGUGUCUUGAUCGUCAGCGGGGUGAUCGAGAAGGAAAAGGUCGGAGGAUCGUUGUUUUGUACGGUCGUCUGGGUGCAUCCGGAAGGAGGCUUGAUCGGGAAGAGGAGAAAGCUCAUGCCGACCGCCUCAGAACGACUCGUCUGGGCGCAAGGAGACGCAUCCGACGCCAAGCUCAUCAACACCACCCUUCCAUCCUCCUCGUCUUCCUCUCAAGCCUUGAACUUGAACAUCUCCGCGACAAUCUGCUGGGAAAACUACAUGCCUCUCUUUCGCCAACACCUGUACGACUUAGGCACUCAGAUAUACUGCGCCCCGACGGUGGACGGGCGGGAAGUCUGGGCGAACACCAUGGUUCAUAUCGCUUUGGAAGGGAGAUGUUUCGUCCUGAGCGCCAAUCAGAUGAAUAAGGAUCAUGGGACUGACAUUAAUAUCGCCCAUCCGACAUGCGGACCAUACUUUUCUCAAGCCAAGGACCACGUACAAGGUUCUUCAUUUACCGCAGGCGAGGCAUCGGCUUCCGAGGAAGACGUCAAGAUCGCUGGAGGAAGUAUGAUCGUCGAUCCGAUGGGUACCAUCUUGGCAGGUCCUCUGCGGGGACAAGAAGGGGUAUUGACGGCGGAACUCGAUCUGGACACGAUCAUCCGUGGGAAAUUCGACCUGGACGUUUCGGGACAUUACGCUAGGAAUGACAUCUUCCAGCUCAACGUACGGAACAGCUGA